ACGGCCACCUCCGCUAUCGGCGUUUAGCCGGUUCUCGGGUAUAUCAAUGACUCCAUGAUAAUUCCGUUUUCUUUAAUUUAAGGGUAAAGUCAGUGAAGUGCGUAAAAAAUAAACGUGGGGGGGUGGGGGUGGAGGUGAAUUAAAAAAAAAAGUGUAUUUGAUAAAUUAAUAAAGAGGAGAAUUUGAAUUUGUGGGAGGUAAUUUCAGCGCCCGGCGCUGGACACUCGGUGUUACGAUGGUUACGGACAGCACGAGUCAGACCGACGAUACGACGGCGUUUCUCAGGGCUGCACGGUCUGGAAAUUUGGAAAAGGUCAUCGAAUAUCUCGACAAGAAUCUAGAUAUUAAUACUGCUAAUUCGAAUGGAUUGAAUGCACUGCAUUUAGCAUCUAAGGACGGACACGUUGAGAUUGUAACUGAAUUAUUGAAAAGGGGUGCUAAAGUCGACGCUGCUACCAAAAAGGGGAAUACUGCAUUGCACAUUGCAUCACUAGCUGGGCAAUCGGAAAUAGUAAAUAUUCUAAUCCAAUACGGUGCAGCAGUAAAUAUUCAAUCUCAAAAUGGUUUCACACCUCUGUACAUGGCAGCCCAAGAGAAUCACGAUCACGUUGUUAAAAUGUUACUCUCCAAUGGAGCCAAUCAGAGCUUAGCGACUGAGGAUGGAUUCACCCCUUUAGCUGUAGCAAUGCAGCAGGGCCACGACAAGGUUGUCAGUGUGCUUUUGGAAAACGACUCCAAAGGCAAGGUGAGACUGCCAGCCCUGCACAUAGCCGCUAAGAAAGACGACUGCAAAGCAGCUGAUUUACUUCUUCAGAACGACCAUAAACCCGACGUAACAUCGAAAAGUGGCUUCACACCUCUGCACAUAGCCGCCCACUACGGCAAUGAGGAAAUAGGCCGCCUUCUGAUAAAACGAGGCGCGGAUGUAAACUACUUGGCAAAGCACAAUAUCAGUCCCCUGCACGUCGCAGCCAAGUGGGGUAAGAAUAAUAUGGUCAAGCUGUUGUUGGAAAAUUCAGCUAUGAUCGAUGCUAAAACUCGCGAUGGACUUACUCCACUUCACUGUGCGGCGCGGUCUGGUCAUGAGGAGGUUGUAUCUACUUUGUUGGAGCAUUCGGCACCGAUUAGUGCGCGGACAAAGAAUGGACUGGCGCCAUUGCACAUGGCAUCCCAAGGAGAUCAUGUAGAUGCAGCCCGUGUUCUCCUGUAUCACCGUGCCCCAGUCGACGAAGUCACCAUAGAUUACUUGACAUCCCUCCACGUAGCAGCCCACUGUGGCCACGUGCGUGUUGCCAAAUUGUUACUGGAUCGUAAAGCCGAUCCCAACGCACGUGCUCUCAACGGUUUCACACCGCUCCACAUAGCGUGCAAAAAGAAUCGAAUCAAGGUUGUAGAACUUUUGCUCAAGCAUGGAGCAUCGAUCGAAUCCACCACUGAGUCGGGACUGACUCCACUGCACGUUGCGAGCUUCAUGGGCUGCAUGAAUAUCGUUAUUUAUCUACUUCAGCACGAAGCCAAUCCAGAUGUGCCGACAGUGCGGGGUGAAACGCCACUUCAUCUCGCUGCGAGGGCCAAUCAAACUGAUAUUAUUAGGAUUUUAUUGAGAAAUGGUGCGAAAGUCGAUGCAAGGGCUAGGGAGGAACAAACCCCCUUACACAUAGCCUCUCGACUCGGUAAUGUGGAUAUUGUCAUGUUACUACUGCAACAUGGUGCUGCAGUCGAUACGACGACUAAGGACAUGUACACGGCCCUGCACAUUGCCUCGAAGGAGGGUCAAGAGGAGGUCGCUGCGAUUUUGGUAGAGAAUCAAGCCUCGGUAAAGGCAGUAACUAAAAAUGGAUUCACUCCACUUCACAUUGCUGCUAAAUAUGGAAAUAUGAAUGUUGCCAAGAUAUUAUUGCAGAAGGAUAGUAAACUUGAUAGUCAAGGAAAGAAUGACAUAACUCCAUUACACUUGGCCUGCCACUACGAUCAUCCAAACGUGGCCAACAUGAUCUUGGAGAAGGGUGCGUCGCCCCACCUGCCCUCGAAGAAUGGCCACACACCAUUGCACAUUGCGGCCCGAAAAAAUCAAAUGGACAUUGCAUCAACUUUGCUUGAACACGGGGCAGAUCCGAAUGCACAGUCAAAGGCCGGCUUUAGCCCGCUCCAACUGAGUGCCCAGAAGGGCCACUACGACAUGACGAAUCUCCUCAUCGAACACGGGGCCGAUCCCAAUCACAAAUCCAAGAAUGGCCUGACAGCACUUCACCUCUGUGCACAAGAGGACUUUAUCCGUGUUGCCUCGAUUUUAGUCAAGAAUGGUGCUAAUGUCGAGAGUGAAACUGAGUCUGGCUAUCGUCCCAUUCACGUUGCCGCGCACUUUGGCAAUGUAUCUAUGAUCAGAUUCUUGCUGAAGCACAAUGCUCAAAUCGACGUGACAACUUGCCAGAAUUAUACUCCGCUGCAUCAGGCUGCACAACAGGGUCAUGCACAUGUCGCUACAGCGUUGUUGGAGGGCAAUGCCUCUCAUAAUGCUCGUACGAGUGAUGGCUUGACUGCACUCAACAUAGCUCAAAAAUUAGGCUAUAUUUCUGUGAUGGAGGUGCUGAAAGGACUUGCCCACGGAAACACGGAAACCCCGGAUAAUAAAACAUGGGAGGAGAAGUACAAAGUCAUUGCUCCAGAGAGCCUUCAAGAAACAAGUUUCAUGUCUGAUUCGGAUGAUGAAGGAGCUUCAGAUGGAUUGACCAACGAGCAACCUUAUCGCUACCUAACCGUCGACUUAAUGAAGAACCUUCGGGAUGAUUCACUGCCGAUCGAUGUGACACGAGACGAUCCUGUACAUCGUCAAGUCUCCAAAGAAGAGCAACAGGAAUUUACGCAGAGCCAUAACUACUGCCUUGCGGAGAAUUUUGAUUCGACGGACGGCAUUAAUCUUGGAAGACUUCAUUUUAGAUCAUUUUUGGUGAGUUUCCUGGUGGAUGCACGUGGUGGAACGAUGAAGGGCUGUCGCCACAGUGGAAUAAGAAUCAUAGUGCCACCGAGACGUGCAACCAUGCCAAUUAGGGUGACCUGCAGACUUGUAAAACCCAGUAAAGUUGCUAAUCCACCAGCUUUGAUGGAAGGAGAAGCUCUGGCUACUCGAAUAAUUGAGAUGGGUCCUGUUGGAGCGUCCUUUUUGGGACCUGUUCUUAUCGACGUCCCUCACUUCGCCUCAGUAACUGGAAAAGAACGUGAAAUAAUAAUCCUCCGAAGUGAUAACGGCGAAACUUGGAAGGAACACGACAAUUCCUACGAGAACGAUGAUGCAUUAUUCAACACUCCUCACGACACGCAAAUGAGUGCCCUGUACACUGGCAGAAUAACAAGAAUAAUCACCACGGAAUUUCCCCAAUACUUGGCGAUAAUAACGCGAAUAAAGCAGGAAGUGCACGUGAUCGGUGCUGACGGUGGAAUAUUGAUGUCAAGCGUUGCUAACAAUGUUCAGGCUGUGUUUCCACCAGGUGCCCUAACGAAGAAGAUCAAAGUUGGUCUGCAAGCCCACGUGAUACCAGCAGAGUUGACUGCCAAAUUACUCGGUAAUUGUGUAGCAGUCUCACCUGUCAUCACGAUCGAGCCUAGACGAAGGAAAUUUCACAAGCCAAUAACACUUACAAUACCAGUGCCACAGGCUGCUAAUAAAGGGAUGAUCAAUCAGUAUCAGUCUGGGGAGACGCCUACCCUUCGCUUGCUGUGCAGCAUUGCUGGGGGGACCAGUGAGGCCCAGUGGGAAGAUGUCACUGGAUCCACUCCACUCGCCUUUUCAAGUGAAAAAGUGUCUUUUACGACCACUGUAUCAGCGAGAUUCUGGUUGAUGGAUUGCAGAAAUAUCAGUGAGGUGCCAAAAAUGGCCACUGAAUUGUAUAAGGAAUCACUAUUUGUACCGUUUAUUACCAACUUUGUUAUCUAUACAAAACGAAUGGAUGUUAUGGAAGCGACCCUUCGCAUCCUCUGUAUGACUGAUGGAAAAGAAACAAUGCACACAUUGGAAAAACAAGAAGAGUUUUUGGAAAUUGUUAAAAGUCGAGAUGUUGAAGCAUUAGAUGGAAAAGAUCUAUACAUAGAGUUCAGUGGUAAUCUCGUACCUGUUACUAAAUCCGGCCAACAAUUGAAAUUUACAUUCAGGGCAUUCCGCCAAAAUAGACUGUCCUUCCACGUUAAAGUCCGGGAUCCACUCCUCGAUCCCGUUGCGAGAAUGAUGUUCAUGAGAGAUCCUAAAGUUGCCAAAGGGGAGCCAGCCCAACAACCAAUAUGCAUAUUGAAUAUCGUCCUACCGGAAACUCUCUCAAAGUCCGAAUCAAGCUCAAAGCUCAAAGAACUAGAUUCCAACCUCAUUAGCAAAAUGGAUAUGUACAAAUCUACUUAUAUGAGAGACUACGGGGAAAAACGUGACAUACCAAAACCCACAUCACCAAAAGAUAAACUCAUAACUGAUUUGUUACAAAAACAACAGACAGAUGCCGCAACAAUCCACGAUUCCCUUGCACAAAAAGUGGCUUGUACCCUAGAAUCAGUAGAUGCUAGUUAUCCCCAUAACGUAAAUACUCAAGGAGAUAUUUCACCAGAGCUUGAGAAGCAAACGUACUCAGAAAAACGUAGAUUCUGGGAGGAUAUCACGAGGAAACGUGACAGUUACCAGAGAUCAGAGUCUGAGGUUUCUAGGGCUUCGCAGUUGACUGUCAAUGAGAGUGACAGUGAGUAUCUGCAGAGUAUUGUUUCUGAGGAGAAGGAGGAGGAGGAGGCUCCCACUAUUCCCCAGAGGUCCGAGACACUUGAGGAUCUGAAUAUCCCUGAUAUUUCCGAGUGCACGGUGGCCGAGAAGGCUCAUUAUUUCGAAGAAGUCAUUCAGAAAGAAGCCAUUACUAUUUCGCGACCGCUUUCCAAAGUAUUUUCACAAGAUUCUAAAGAGUCAUUCAAGGAGAGACGAAAGAGCUCGAUUGAUCAGACAUCGGUAGGGUCUGAGCAUGUAGAUGCGAAGGGCGAAAUGGAUGAAGAACCAAAAGUUAUUGAGGAAAAAGUUGAGACGAUGAUAGUAAAUUCGGCGAAAGAAAUAGCACAAGUAGAAGAAAAAACUGUUAUUGAGAAGAAGCCAAUUUUUCAGCCGAAAUCUCGUGAAAAAACUGAUGAACCAAAAAUAUUGAAGGGUGAGUCUUCGAUACCAAAACCGAUUCAAAGAAAAUUAGAACAAAUUAAAGAACCAAAAGCACCACAAAUAGAAAUUCCGGUACAAAAAGAAUGUGUUGUUGAAGAUAAACUUGUCCAAAUAAAAACAGAUAUAAAGGCUAGGGAGAUGACGGAAGAGUUCAUAUCUUCAGAGGCCAAGUUUAGUGAACAGGAGCUUGAAUCAUUGAAAGAAAAAGUUAUAGUUCCCUCAGCGAUCCCCCGUAAAUCUUGUGAUGAGACGAAAGAAGAAAAACUGCUCGAAAACAUAAAGAGUCAUGUGAAGGAGUUGGCUAUAGACAAAGAGCGCGAAAUUUGCCAAGAGUUGAUAAUUUCAGAGUCUAAAUUUGUUCAGGAAGAGUUAGAACACACGAGCACAGAGAAGAUUCAGCCAAGCCCAACUACGAAAAGUGAAUCGGAAGUUCUUGAUGCUAAGAUUCCAUCUAUGAUUCCUCGAAAAAUAAAACCUGAAGCGAUGACUAAAUCCGAGCCAAAGAACGAAGUCGCGGAUGUGAGGGAUGACAUGCCAGUAUUGAGACGAGAUUCUUCCAAUCUGUCCGAGAAAUCCCUAUCAAAGAUACCAGUUCUCUUACCGAAAGAAGAAAUCCCAUCAUUGCGACGAGAAACUUCCAACCUGUCUGAGAAAUCGAUAUCAAAAAUACCAGUCCCCUCAUCUAAAGGAGAAAAAGACAAGAAGCCAAAGGAUCCAGACUCCGAGAAGAAAGAUGGAGAUUCUGAAAAGAAGAAAGAAUCAAAAAUACCGAAACGGAUAUCUGAAGCAUCAACGACGGUAACCGAAACAAAGAUCACUGAGAAGGUAUCUCAACACUACCAGAGACACACGUCUGAAACUAAAACCCAGUCUCAGGUGAUAACAAAGACAUUCACGGAUCCCAGAAAUGCCUUCAAAGCGUUUGAAGAUAUGGAAAUGAUGAAAGAGCCAGACACAUCUGUGACGACUUCAACAGUAGACCACAGGGAGUCAACCAAGCUUGAGAAGAAGGAGGUUGUCUCUUCAGAGAUAUCUCGAGGGGAUGAGAAAAUAGUGAAACGUGAGGAGAAGGCACAAGAGCUGAAGGAAGAACUCAAAGAACAAACAACAAAGACUGAGACUCCGGAGGAAAUAGUACAAGAUAAGAAGAUCAAACAAGAGAAAUCACAGAAAAGACUGAGUCAAGAGAUUUCAGUGGCAAUUGCGGAAGGGAAACAAGUCAUUGAUGCAGCAGCUUCGCAAUCAACUACAUCAAUCAAGGAUAAACAAAGUAUAAAAUCCCUUGAGGAUAAUGAUGGGGUUGUGAUUCAGAAAGCUGGCUCGAAGAUUUUGAAAGAACACGAGAUAGAUACAGCAAUGAAAAUUGAGAAAGAUGAGUCUCUCUCCAAAGAAGAAAAGGAGAUCGAUGCUUCUGAUUUGGGUAUGAGCCUUGAGGAUCAACUGAAGACCGCAAUUAUUCGAGAGGAAUCUCGUGAACAAGUUUCCCGUCACUUUGACACCCAGAUGUACCCCUCAAGGGACACCAGCGAAGACACUUUGAGAACUGACAAUAGCUCGGAAACCCUAGAAGAUCAUCAGUUGAGAGUUGCGCAAGAAUACCAAGCUAGGAACAUCGCUGAAGACCUCGUACAGCAGAUUGAGGAGGAAAUCGUCAAACGGUCGGAGAGUUGUGAUGGUUUGAAGCUAACAAUGGACGAGAUAAAACACCACCAGGAGGACCGAUAUUCCAUGGACCCUGAUGAGGACUUUGACAAUCAACUCGCUGAUGAUUUAACCAACAAGUUCGAGCACAUGAUGACAAAACGGAGGAAGGAUUAUAUUCCGGAGAAGGACUCAACACGUGGAAGCCUCAGCUACAGUGAUGAUUUCACUAAAGAUGAAGAGUCAACACCUCACGAUCGAGAUGGAAGUCUCGCCUCAUCAUCCUCACAAGCUAAAAUUAUGGACCGAGACAUCACGAUGAGCCCCAGCAGCAUGUCAGACCAAAUCGAGCUGGAAGAGUCAUUGGGAUCCGAAAAACAAGACGGCGCGUCGAAACCUUCCGUUGAAUUCCCUCCGGAAGUUAAAGUCGCUAAAGGGUGCUUCUUCGGUUUUACAACAGAAGAGUCAACACCUCACGACCGAGAUGGAAGUCUCGCAUCAUCAUCCUCACAAACUAAAAUUAUGGACCGAGACAUCACGAUGAGCCCCAGCAGCAUGUCAGACCAAAUCGAGCUGGAAGAGUCAUUAGGAUCCGGAAAACAAGACGGCGCGUCGAAACCUUCCGUUGAAUUCCCUCCGGAAGUUAAAGUCGCUGAAGGGUGCUUCUUCGGUUUUACAACAGAGGAAGUCACUCCGAUGCGAUUUGAGGCUUACGAAAGCACAGGAGCUAGGGUUCUAGAAAUUCUAGAACCAGACAAUGAUUAUCCAACUCGACAGGACUCGAUCGACAUAUCUUCUUUUGAAAUAGACGAGCAACGGCACUACCGCUCCGACGAUGAAGAUCUAUCGCUCAACGAUAAAUAUAUCAAGGAUCUAGAUUUUGGAAAACUUCACAAGAGUCCUGAGAUGGAGUCUCUAGACAAAAUCGGCCAGGAUCGUGAUUUGACGUUCUCUCCAAGCACCGUUUCAGAGUCUUCCAUGGUCCAGGAGCGUAGUAUGAGUUCAUCAAUGCUUGCUAAAGGUACUGAUUUAAUAGAGAGUGAAGAUGGUGGCUUUUCAUCGAUGGAGCCUGAAAAGACUGAGAAGACACCAGAGAAAAUAACAAAACUGGACACUGCAAUCAUUGACAAGAGCAUGAUCCCAUCAAUAAUCUCUCCCAAGAUAAAAGUAGCCGAAUUGGAGAUUAAACCAACUGAUUGGCUAAUCGGAGAUGAAAAAAUCGAAAUAUCAGAGACCCUGCAGCCGUCGCAAGUAUUUGAUAAAGAACUCGAGGAGUAUCAGACCAGCAUGAUUAAACAACAUAGUUUAACAUCAUCUGUCGAAGGCUCUGUGACGCGUUCCUCCGAGGACGUUAGCACGAUAGACUCGGUUAUCGAUGGUUCGAGAGCAAAAAUUAUCAUUGAUCCAGCCAGCGAAAUAGAAGUUGAUCAGGAAUUAGUUGAGAAUAGAUUAGAAAUCAGCUGUCAGGAACUUGUUGACACUCUUCAAAGGGAAUACGAACUAAAAACUCCGACUGACGACAAGCCUCCACUGACUCCCAGAAGAACAUCUGAGAGUGAUGGAGAAUUUGAAUUUGUCGACGAGCAAGAGGGCGCUAUUCAGCAAGUUCAGAAGGCAUUGGGCUUCCAAGAAAAGCCCCUGGACGUUUUUGAUGUUGUUAAAUCUGCAGAAAAGCCAGGCUCCAUUAGUGAAUCGUCCUCAGAGAAGGAGGCAAUCGGAGGUGAAGAGUUGAAAUUAAAAGAGAAGAACGAAGUCGAAGAAAAAGAAAUCGACACAAGCGAACUCAAGGACAAGAAAGAGAAGAGACACGAAGAGAUGAAGAUGGAAGUGGCCCUGAAAGGUCUCAAAGAAUCCUUAGCAGGAAAAAAACCUCCAGGUGACGACUCAAAGCGUCAUCCAGAGAAGUCCGCUGACUUGAAAGAUAAACAAGGACACACUGGUUCGAGUGAAUCCAGUCCCUUCAAACGAAAGAAAGACCCCAACGUUGACCUAAGCGCUAGAUACGCUAUAACAGUUCUCGAUCAAGUUGUCAAUAAAGAAAUUGCUGAAGUGAAGGAGUCCCUAGAGGCCGCGAAACAAGACUUGAUUGAAGAAUUAAGCGAGAAUAGCGAGACAGUUUUCCAAAUUAAAGACUCACCAUCGGAAUUUCAAUUCAAACUCGAGCCAGAAUCAAUUCCAAAUGAUCUUCCAUUUUUGUACAAAGGUCCUUCCGUAGACCAAGUAACAAGAGAUGAAGAUAAUGCAUCGUCAGAAUCGCCAGUUGCUAAACCUAGGAGACAGGACACCCAAUCUGAUGAGCAGGAAUCAUCAGAAAAGAAAUCCUCUGAUAAAGAGGAGUCAGAUAGGUCCAGUGAACUAAUUGGAGACAAAUCAGACUCGGCUGUCAAGGUCUCGAUCUACAAAGACGCUGAAUCCCUAGAAGAAUCCCUAUCCUUACCAAUUGCCACUUCUAGAUCCACUUCUGACGUUGAUAAUAAAGACGAUCUCUCUUCUUUAUCAGUGCCACCUCAACCUGCCCCACGUCGUCGACAAAAACCCAUAAGAGUAUCCAAAAAAGGACAUUCCGCCACCAGUGAAGCUGAAUCCAGUUCAGGAGAGAGUAGCAACUAUCAAUCAUGUGAUUACGAAAUUGGUUCUGGGAGUAGACCAAGUUCUUCUGACAUCGAGGCCCUGCAAUCGGCCGCAGGAAUGCCCUCAACAACUGCUUCAGAAUACGAAACUGCAAUGAUGUCGAUGGAUCAUUCUUCGCGAUCACGACCAACAUCUCAGGAAUAUCACAGCGCUGUCUCCACCUUGAGUUCCAGAGAAUCAAUGAAAUCCUUGAAUUCUCUAAGUUCUGGCCAUCUUGGAAGUAUCGAUAGCACAAGCGAGUUGACAGACACUCUAGUGGCUUCUGAAUCGGAAAUUGAUGAAGGGAAAAUAGGAGAAAAUUUGGAAUUAGCUCUCGAUGAAGAUGAGAAACCAUCUGAUUCAGAAGAAAGUGAGAUCCCCCUUGACGAUUCCUUUGACAAGACAAGCGAAGACGUGCCCUGCAAGAUGAAGCGAUCGUCCGAGAUGAUUUUCCAACAGCAGAUGUCAGAAGACCAAGACUCUUCGUCGAUUCCCGGAGCCUUUGGCUCAACAGAAGACACCAAAGUCACUUCUAGUAUCCUAAUCAGCGAAGACGAUGACCUGAAGACAUCGACCCUCGAUGCGCUCUCAGAACAGAUAAGCGGAAAAGCGGAACUUGGCUCUUCAUCCCCUGAAAUCCGACUGAAAUCAAUCGAGGCGCAAUCAACCGGCGAUGACAUUGAUUCAUCUGAAUUAAAAAUGAGUUCGUUGAGUACAGCCGCAGCUGAUGAGGUCGCACUCCUUCUGACAAAACGCUCAGUUCUUCAACAAGCCAGCAUGUCAACAUCAUCGACCUCAGGGAUGUCCGUGGAAACAGUGAUAGAACGUGAAAAACAAGACAGGCAUUCACCGGAUUCCGAUUCCUUUGAAUUGGUCGACAAACCCGAUAUUAUUGAUGACUUUGUCGUUAUUGAAGAAGUAGGGAGGGAAGCCGAGGAGUUUGACUCUGAAGGCAAGAGCAUCUCCAUUAGUGCAAAACCAAUGGCAGCGGUGAAAAAAUUCGACCGUGAUGUUGAGAACCUGAUAACAGAAGCAACAGAUAAAGUAGAAUCAGUAGGAUCACAACUAUCUCGAAACAAUGAACUCUUUGAUUUCGAAUCAGAGGAGAGUCCUCCGCAGGCUUCCAACGAUGAUCAGUACUCGCAGUCCUAUUCGGAUGAAGAACAAGACAACAAAAAGUGGAUGGAGAUGCAGUUCGCAGCGGAUCCAAGGGGAUACGAAGUGGAAUACGAUCGGGGUCCUCUCGAAGACAUCAAAGAGGAAGAGAUCACCGAUUUCGAGGCUGGCAGCAGUCGUUUCGGAAGUCUAGGAAGUCACAAAGGAUCGCUAGGCUCCAGUGGAAGUAUGAAGGGAAGUUUCGGUGCUGAGUACGACGUUUUAGCUGGACGAAAAACAUUCUCAAAAUCAAUCGAACAUGACAAUAUAUCCAUGAAUUCCCUUCAAGAGUUUGAGAAUCUCGAGAGCGCGGUUCAAGGGGAACUCGGCAAAAAAUUCACUUGCGGCUCUCAGGAUUCCGUCAACAAUGGAAGCCUUCCCAGAAGGUACAUCACCAGUCGGUCAGGCCAUGGUGACGAUGUGUCAGUAUCCUCGCUGAAAGACUUCGAAGGCCUCGAGAAAGCCUGUCGUGACGCUCACAUGAUAGAACUUCGAGCGAAAGAGGAGGAAGAUCUUCUCGAGCAUGAGAGCCCCGAAAAUCGUUACAGAUUAGAGAAUCUCCCGAAGCCGAAACCUGCGGAGAGCAGCGCCACAGGUUCCUUCAAUCCCAGCACUUCCGGAUCGGACGACUACGAGAAGAGAAUAAUGGAGAUCGAUGAGAUAAUCAGAAUUGCUCAAGCGAAUGUUGAGAAGUUCGACAGGCAAGACGACACAACCGAGGAUAUUUCACAAAUCGAACCAGAGAAAAUUGAGCCGGGGGGAACAUUAACUCUUCCUCCAGAGAGGGAAGACUCCCCCAAGACUAAAGAAGAAGGGAACAUCAUGGAGACGAGCACAGAUUCCCUAGAACUCGAAGGCGACGAAGCGGAGAAGAAGAACAAUCUCAUGUGCAGAAGUUCCGAUUCCCUGGAGAUGAAGACGACUGUUGACUUUCCUUCCUUGAGUUAUUCAGAUUCUUUGAAUAAUAUCAGGGAUACGAAGGAGGCGGGGUCCUCGGUGGAUCAGUUUAGUAACACUAGAAGGAUCUCCUCGGAUUCCCUCGAGAUGCCAGUGUUGGAGCAUCCUGAGCAGGAUAAAAGUGCUAGCGACGCCAGUGGAAGCUUCCAAAUGAGAAGCGAAGGGUCUCUAGAGGUCAAGAUCACUAAGAAUGGCAAGACCACGUUUCCAGCUACUACAGAUGUGUAAAAAGCAUUUCUAGGAAAAAAAUGUCGAGUUUUGAAGCGAUUGGAAAAACUAUCUGAUAUAAUGUGAAGAAGCUUUACAUGUGUGGAAGCUCGAGGAAAAUUAUUAUCUCGAGGCAAUGGUAUUUGCGGGGCUUGUGCAUUUGUGAAACAAAUAGGAUUUUACUGUAUCGUUAUUAAUUUCUAAAUCGUCGAGACGUGAAGGAAUGACACAAAGUCGAGAUGAAAUUUAACGCUUGAUGAAAUAUAAAUGAAACAAA